GUCAGCAUGGCUCAAUCUGAGGAGCAAUGUUUCAACAAGUCCCCAGUCACAUUGAGAAGUCCUUCCUGAGAACUUGUAUUGUUUUUCUUUUUUAAAUCAACUGUAGAAGAAAAAAAGGAGGGGAGGGGGGCUGCAGGACCAAAUGGCCCCACGGGAUUCGAGGCAUUGUGUGAGCCGCUCCAAUCACCUCUUUAAUCUCAAACCUGCUUCGGAAUACGCAAGUUAAGCAGUCAGGAAGGGACCUGUUUGUCUGCCACCAGAACCACACCCCACCAGACCCCCUUGAUCGUAUUGCCUGGCUACCAAAGACUUUGAAAUUCUACCCAUCACCUUGGCAUCGAGAAGGUGAAGUGAAUAAUUAAUGUCUUGCUCUCCCAGUGCAGGUAAUAUUUCAUCUAAUUAUGUCUCAUAUACCCUGAAUUGGUUUUUGGUUGUUAUGUAGUUUAAGAGAAAAGCCCCCCCCCCCCCCCCGCCACCUCCAUAAUAGCCCCUCCCACUUUGGGAUAACCAAUCAAGGUCAAGGGUCAACAGAGAUCAGAAAGUCUUUCCCUCCACACUUUGACUGUUGGGAACUUCUAGAGGAAGCAUGCAACACAUUUAUGACACCAAAUUGAAUCCGAGACUGCCCCCGACCGUCGACUCCUUCCUGCAAGGAAAUGUCGGGAUGACUCUGGAGAACGCUCAUCUCUGGAAGUCCUUUCACCGCAUCGGAACAGAGAUGAUCAUCACAAAACACGGCAGGAGGAUGUUUCCGCAUUGCAGCGUGACCGUGACGGGCCUGCAUCCAUUUGCAAAAUACGUCAUCUUGAUAGAUAUGAUUCCCGCUGACAACUUCAAAUAUAAGUGGAAGAAGGACAUAUGGGAGGUGGCGGGGAAGGCAGAACCUCAACCUCCGGCUAGGUCCUACACGCACCCCGACUCCCCGGCUCCAGGGGGUCACUGGAUGAAGCAGUCGUUGUCCUUCCUCAAGAUGAAGCUCACCAACAAUAAUCUGGACCAGCAUGGACACAUCAUCCUGCACUCCAUGCAUCGCUACUACCCGAGGUUUCACGUCAUUCAAGCGGAGAGUCCCUACACGGUCCACUGGGGUCCCGUCCAGUCCUUCUCCUUCCCAGAAAUGACCUUCACUGCAGUCACCGCUUAUCAGAAUGCAAAGAUCACCAAAUUGAAGAUAGACCACAACCCUUUCGCCAAAGGAUUCCGAGAGGGAGGCACUCACACACAAGGGAAAAGGUGUCAUUCAAGCACAAAGCAUCCCGAGAAAAUAUCCUCGCCGGAAAGCAAAAAACUUUGCAAAAGUCUUCCAGGCCUUCAGAGGGCGCUCUCUUCCUCUCAGUCAGAGGAGACAGGGAAGCACCAGGGUGCAGGAGCAGAGUCAGUGAAGGGUCCACCUCCCAGCUGGAGUCAGGACCCCUUAGAGUCUCUCCAGGCUGAGCCGCUGGAGCUUCACGAGUACGAGUACAGUUGUGAGGAGCAGAUGGUGCCUGCCUCAGUGGCCUAUCAACCCAACAGGGCUGUGGAAUAUUCCAGACUUGUGUUCUCCAGCAAUGACGUGGAUGCGGGGCAACCACUCGCCACGGCGGACCAUGGAGCCCAACAAAAUGGCUACCACCCGCAUAGCUGCAACAUGGCCGACUGGAGCCAAUUUCCACUCUUCUCCUACUCCUGCUUGUGAAUCCUCACAAUGAACCAGUGUUAUUGGAGAUGUCUUCCUGAGUGUUAAAUUUAGAUUUUUUUUUAAUUAUGAUGGCAUUUUUUUUUUUUUUUUUUACUGUCAUGUGUGUCUAUUUCGAUCUCACCGUGUGAAAAUGAAGCUUCAAAUGUGCUUCAUGAACCAGUUGUAUUUUUAGACUCCUCUGUUCGAUAUUGGACUGAAAGUACACAUUUUUGCCAUUUCUUUAUCCUCUAUUAAAACCCAACAGUGCCAUCUAGAGGAGUUAAAAAGUACACGUUUCUUGAAGCAAAUUUGAAGCUUCAUUUAACACACACGAAGGCAAGAAAUGAAGUACAUUCAAACUCAUCUGCUAUAACUCGGAACCAUUUGGUCCCAUUUUAAAAAGUACUGCUCGAACACAAACACUAAAAGCGACAUUUCUCCGUCGUGUAAGAGGACGCAGUGCCAUGAUGACAUGUUGCUAAAUAUCUCAAGAACACGACGUCCAUCUUGACGAGCUACCUUUCAAAUCUUAACAGCUGACACGUUCCAGCAGCGUCUGGAAGAUGGAGACUGUUAGACUGACGAAUGACCGACGCGCACUGGCGCAGUUUCUUCCUCAACAGAAGGCACACGCCGUCUGGGCUGUAAAUAUUUUACAACACAUCUAACUGGGACAUUUAGAAACCUUCGGGGAGGAUAAAAGUCAAGCGACAUGUUUCUUCAAAAAAGAGGUUUUUAGCAAACAGUAAAAGAUGGGUUCCUAUAUAAUGUAGAGUUCAUAAUGUUAGUUUCAAAAUUGGCCGCAAUUAAGUCAGUAAAUUGACACUAACGAGACAGAGAUGGAAUUAAAAAAAAAAAAGGGGGCAGAAGGAAAAUAUGACCACUACUAAUUAAAACCAAACAAAAACACAGAGCAUGACACACAAGCAUUGAAAACACGCGAAAUAAAAGCGAUGGGGAAAAGGGUGCGGUGCUAAUGGACUGUAUAAAGGCUGGCAUCGACUGCUCCGUACUUUCAUUUACUCAAACAAAGUGCCCCGAGAAGAGGUCAGACUUGCUUGAAUCAAAGUGCGUCACGUGACGUCAGCAGCAAGCAAUCAAUGAACAGCGCUCUACAUGGAUUUUUAAAGCACAUUAGAGCUUCUCCCCUUUUUUGGGGUUCAACUCAAAACACACGUAACAGCCAGCAAAGUCGAUCAAAACAAACACAGUGAAUAAUAUUACUUUCCAUGCAUCUUCAUGAGUGUAAACAAUGUAAAAAUGUCUGGAAAAAAAUACAUUGCUUCUGGUGCUUCUGGAGAUUUGACUAAUGCCCAACAUUUGAAGAUAUAAUUAUAUCUGAAGCCUCAGCGAGCAAAUUGCAAACAAAAUCCCAACUCACCAUUUCAGCUUAAUAAAGUUCCAAGAAACUGU